AUGGACGGUGGCAAAACGUUGCCCGGUUCAACCUGCUGCGCUUCCAACGGAUCCAGUGCCAUGUCGGAGCUGGGGUGGAGCAGUAGCUCCGAGCUGGAGGUGACCACCGGCGGCAACUGGCUCAACAGUGGCCUCUCGACGCUCCCGGGGCCACCCAGGCCGAACAGCACCACCGAAACCCUGCAAAUAAUGGACUUCUUCUCGAUAUUGCCGCUCUGGCGGCUCAUCAUGUGGAACGUUCUGUUCGCGGGCAUCGUCAUCACGGCCACCGUCGGUAAUCUGAUCGUGGUGUGGAUCGUCCUGUCCCACAAGCGGAUGCGCACGGUAACCAACUACUUCCUGGUUAAUUUAUCGAUAGCGGAUGCGAUGGUGUCCACGCUGAACGUCACCUUCAGCUACACGUACAUGCUGUACCUGGACUGGCCCUUCGGGACGAUGUACUGCAAGAUAUCACAGUUCGUUGCCAUCCUCAGCAUUUGCGCUUCCGUGUUCACGCUGAUGGCCAUCGCGAUAGAUAGGUACGUGGCCAUCAUGAGCCCGCUGAAGCCUCGCAUGGGCAAGAAGGCGACGCUUUGCGUAGCGGCCGCCAUCUGGAUCGUCGGCACGAUCAUCUCCAGCCCGAUGCUGCUCUUUUUCACGACCUACCCCGUCAGCGGCCAUAUCCUGUGCUACGCCGAGUGGCCGGACGGCCCCUCGAACCACUCGGUGCAGGAGUGGUGGUACAACAUCGUGUUCAUGUUUCUAACCUACUUCCUGCCGAUCGGUUCGAUGACGUACACGUACGCCCGGGUGGGGCUGGAGCUGUGGGGCUCCAAGAGCAUCGGCGAGUGCACCCAGCGGCAGCUCGACAACAUCAAAAGCAAACGGCGGGUCGUUAAAAUGAUGAUGAUUGUGGUGAUAAUCUUCGCCGUUUGCUGGCUUCCGUUUCAUACCUACUUCAUCAUCACGUCGUACUAUCCGGAGCUGACGAAGAAACACUACAUCCAGGAGGUGUACCUCGGCAUCUACUGGCUGGCGAUGAGCAACUCCAUGUACAAUCCCAUCAUCUACUGCUGGAUGAACUCGAGGUUUCGCCGGGGUUUCCAGCAGUUCUUCCGGUGCUGCCCGUUCGUGCGCGUGCUCCCGGACAACACCAGCAGCCACCGGCGAACCGGUACGUCCCGGUACUCGUGCUCCGGCUCGCCGGACCAUUUGCGAAUAGUAAGAAACGAUACCGAACGUUCAUUCCUUUACAAUGGUACCACCGGUGGGUCUCCUAGCGGUCAGCGGAAGUGGCAAACGGGGCAUAUGAGACGGGUGAACACGAUGCCGGCGAGUCGCCUGAAUCAGACCACGAGCAUGUGCUCCGUGCCAUCCGAGGAGGUCCUGCAGCCUUCCAGGCCAUCCGCGAAGGAUUAG